AUGGCAUCUCAAAAUUUCAUGGUAGUGUCAGUCCACUAUAAUCACAGCCAAUAUGAUUGGAAUUUUGCAAAGGAGACCACCAAGUCAGUGAGUCUAAUGAGUAACAGAAGGCUCAAAAAAGCUAAAGACAAGAUGAGCAAGUACAUCGUCAGUCUGGCCACUGAGGGACUCACUCUUGGCGGCCUCCAAAAACUCAGUGCAACUGUGGCUGGAUUCCUCCUGCCAACUUGUCUAGAGCUCUGUCCUGUCCUGCAGGUGACAGAAUUUAAGGCCCAUGUAUCCCUGUACCUGGGGCGCCUCUUGAUGGUGAAACUGCGCAAGCACAAACAUAUCCUGGAUUUAGAUUGGUUCUGCAAGUGGAUUACAGUUGAGGGACCAGGGACCCAAGGCAAAGUUCUUUUUCCCUGCUACCGCUGGGUGCAGGGAAACGGGAUCAUCUGCCUGCCGGAGGGCACUGGCCGGACCAUAAAUCAUGAUCCCCAAGACCUGUUUAAGAAACACCGGGAGCAGGAGCUCGAGGAAAGAAGGAAGAUUUACAGGUGGGGUUCCUGGAAAGAUGGAUUAAUCCUGCCAAUAGCAGGGAAUACACAGCGAGAUCUCCCCAGGAAUGAGCGCUUCUUAGAGGAUAAGGAUUUAGAUUUCUUCCUCUCUCUGACAAAAGUGCUAAAGGACUUGGCCAUCAGGAAGAUAACGGAUUUUACAAGUUCUAUAAGAAAACUGGAGGAUUUCCAAAAAAUAUUCCCUCAUAAAAAGAUUGCCCUGGCUGAGCGAGUUCGUGAAUCCUGGAAGGAUGACGCCUUCUUUGGGUACCAGUUCCUCAAUGGUGCCAACCCCAUGCUUCUAAAACGUUCCAAGCACCUUCCAGUACGACUAGUGAUCCCUCCAGAGAUGGAAGAUUUGAAGACCCAUCUGGAGAAGGAGCUUCAGGCUGGAUCUCUAUUUGAAGUUGAUUUUUCCUUGCUGGAAGGGAUCAAGCCUAAUGUCAUCAUUUGUAAGCAACAAUAUUUAGCAGCUCCUUUGGUUAUGCUUAAACUGCAACCUGAUGGAAAACUCUUACCCAUGGUCAUCCAGCUCCAGUUACCUCGUCAUGGCUGCCCCCCGCCUGUGUUGUUCCUGCCCUCUGACCCUCCUAUGGCUUGGCUUCUGGCUAAGACCUGGGUUCGUAGUGCUGAUUUCCAGCUGCACCAGUUACAAUCCCAUCUGCUAAGGGGACACCUGAUGGCUGAGGUUAUUUCUGUGGCCACAAUGAGAAGACUUCCCAGCAUCCACCCCAUCUACAAGCUCCUGAUUUCCCAUUUUCAUUACACCAUGGAAAUCAGCAUCCUGGCUCGGAAUACUGUCUCAAAAUGGGGAAUUUUUGAUCUGGUGCUGAGCACUGGUAGUGGAGGCCACGUAGACAUUCUUCAAAGAGCUACUGCUUCUUUGACCUAUUGCUCUUUCUGUCCUCCUGAUGAUCUGGCUGACAGAGGGCUUUUGGAUGUGAAGUCUUCUCUUUAUGGUCAAGAUGCCCUCAGGCUGUGGGAAAUCAUCAGUGUGGAGGGGAUGGCAGGUCUAUUUUACAAGAGUGAUGAAGAUGUGAUGAAUGAUACAGAGCUGCAAGCCUGGUGCAGAGAAAUCACUGAGAUUGGAUCGGGGGCUUAGGACCGGGGGUUUCCUAUAUCCUUAGAAUCCUGCGUUCAGCUCUGCCACUUUGUCACAAUGUGUAUCUUCACAUGUACUGGUCAACAUACUUCUGUUCAUAUGGGCCAGCUGGACUGGUACUCCUGGAUUCCUAAUGGCCCAUGCACCAUGAGAAAACAUCCUCCUGUCUCCAAGGAUGUGACAGAGAAGGAUAUAGUGGACACCCUUCCAAAUAUCCUCCAGGCCGGAUUCAGAGACUUUCAUAAGUUUCUUGGCAGACACCAGCCUAAUAUGGUGGCCCUGGGGCAACACAAGGAAGAAUAUUUCUCAGGGCCUGGGCCUCAAGUUGUGCUGAAGAGAUUCCAAGAGGAGCUGGCUGUCCUGGACAAGGAGAUUGCUAUUUGGAAUGUAAAACUUGACCUGCCCUAUGAAUACCUUAGACCCAGCAUGGUGGAGAACAAUGUGACAAUUUAA